GGCCCAUGGUGAUUAAACCCUAGUCGUCGUCAAGGAGCCAUAUAUAAUAGAAAGAGGGAGAGCUUGAGGGUUUGUGUUUUGGGAUCGAGUAGCAACAAUGUCGAAGAGAGGUCGCGGUGGAUCGGCGGGGAACAAGUUCAGGAUGUCACUGGGUCUGCCGGUGGCGGCGACGGUGAACUGCGCCGAUAACACGGGGGCGAAGAACCUCUACAUCAUAUCGGUGAAGGGGAUCAAAGGUCGGCUGAACCGUUUGCCGUCGGCUUGCGUGGGUGACAUGGUGAUGGCCACCGUCAAGAAGGGAAAACCCGAUCUCCGUAAGAAGGUCUUACCCGCCGUCAUCGUCCGUCAGCGCAAGCCUUUUCGCCGAAAGGACGGCGUUUACAUGUACUUCGAAGAUAAUGCUGGUGUCAUUGUGAAUCCCAAGGGUGAAAUGAAAGGUUCUGCUAUUACUGGUCCAAUUGGGAAGGAGUGUGCUGAUUUGUGGCCUAGGAUUGCAAGUGCAGCCAAUGCUAUUGUUUAAGUUGGUUUUUUAGUAUUAUAUUAUAAUGUUUUGCUUUUUAAAGUGGGUGGUUUUUGAUAUUGUUUUUGGUUGAACAAUAGUCAAAUCGACAGUGUUCUUAUUUUUCUUUAUCUUCUCAGUGAGAAGUGUUUUGAAGA